AUGGAUGAAAAAGUUGUUCGAUAUAAAAAAAAUUCAAAUGAUAUUCAUGUACUUCCACCAAGUCCCUAUACAGAAGUUCCAAAACCUAAUGUGCGUAGAGAAAAAUUAAGUGUUGAAAAUGAAGAAACAAUUCAAACAAAGAAAAAAUUAGAAAAAACAAAGAAAAAUUUUUUGUUUGAUCCACGUAGAAAAACAUUUCUUGGUCGCAGUUCUCUUAAUUGGGCUAGAUUAGCUGCAUUUUAUACAGUAUUUUAUUUUUGUUUGGGAAUGUUUUUCGUUAUUUUACUUUAUGUAUUUGCUUUGAUACUUGAUCGUGAAGUACCAACAUAUUAUAAUAAGGAUAGUACAAUGGCUGUACGAACAACAGCUACUGUUGUUGGAAUGGGUUUUCGUCCUCAACCAAUGGUUGAUGAUAGUCUUAUUCGAGUAUCAAAUGAUCUGUAUGAACAAAAACGUAUUGCUUCAUCACUUCGAUUAUAUCGUGAUGUUUAUCUUAUUCAAAAAACUGAUGCCAAAGCAGAACCAUGUACAGAACUCGAUCCAGCAUCAGAAUUAGUACCCGGUACAGCAUGUUCAUUUAGUUGGUUUGAUAUUGUUAGUACACAAGAUCAUCCAUGUUCGGAUAAUAAUAUGUAUGGUUUUAAACAUGAAGAACCAUGUGUUCUUGUUAAAUUAAAUAAAGUCUAUGGAUGGACACCAACGAAAGGUCCUCUACCAAUACAUAUACAAGGUCUUCGAAAUAUCCAUAAUAAUAAAAGUAUAGCAAAGCCUGACGUUUAUAUCACAUGUGAUGGAACGAAUCCAUCUGAUAGGGAUGCUCAAACUGAGAUGGUAUAUUAUUCAUUGGAAAAACCAUCUGGUUCUUCAAAAUAUGGUGUUAUACCAAAUUAUUACUUUCCAUAUCGAAAUGCUCGUGAUCAUGUUCAACCAUUUGUAUUAGUUCAAUUUAAAAACUUACCCUUACAUCGUCUUAUUAGUAUAACAUGUCGAGCUUGGUCACCAGGUAUCGAACAUGAGACAAGAGGUAUGCGUGGUAUGGUUGCUUUUCAAUUAUAUCGUUCACAAGUAGCUGAAAAAUUAAUUAAGGAUGACAAUUAG